CCACCCUAUACAGUCCCUUACCCUUGAAGAAGAAAAAAAUAUAAAAAAAAACUUCUUUCCGGAAUUUGCUUUCUUUCCUGUACUUUCAUUUGCUUUCACUUUCUUGCUAUGUUUCCGUUUGUUUUUCUUUCUAGUUUCUUGUCAUGCUUUCGUUUGUAUUCCUUUAACACUUGUUAUAUUUUUUCACUCAUUCUCCUUUGCUGGUACACUUUCUUGUUAUCCUAUAAUGGUUCACUUUUUUGUUAUCCUAUGAUAGUUUACUUUCUUGCUAUCCUUGCUAGUUCAUUUCCUUGUUAUUCUUUGCUGGUUCACUUUCUUGUUAUCCUUUGAUGCUUUACUUACUGGUUAUCCUUUGAUGCUUCACUUCCUUGUACUUUCAUUGACUUCUUGGUAGUUACCUUGUUUACUUGAGACUGUCCAC